CAGCAGCAGCAGCCGCCGCCGCCGCCGUCACCGCUUCCCUUCCUCCCCCUGCUCCUCCUCCUCCUCCUCCUCGAGCUGUUGAGGCGCAGGUCUUGCCUGGCGAAAGCGUCUCCAAGCUCCCGUCGCGGCUGGCCUCGUCCUGACUGGGUGCUGGGGCGCAGGGAAAGGCGAGAGAGCAUCUUGUCCUAUUCCGCCGCUAGCCGCCUUCUUUCCUCCUUCCUCAGUGCCUCUGCUCCUGUCGUGGCCGCCGCUUCCCGAGUGCUUUCUCCGACUCAUCUCCAGCAAAGAAAGGAAGCCUCCUUUCCGUCGGGGGACGGCGGCUUCUUCGCUCCGUCCCUCCCUCCCUCCUCUUGCCUGUCUUUUUUUUUUUUUUCUCCCCUUCCUUUCUGAGGGUGGGAGGGGAGAAGAAUAGGAGCCCGGCGAAGGAAGCCAGCCGCGCGCAGCCCGCCCGCCCUGGGUGUGCGUGAAAGAGCCAUGCGAGAAUACAAAGUGGUCGUGCUUGGCUCUGGCGGGGUGGGCAAAUCCGCUCUCACCGUCCAGUUCGUGACUGGCUCCUUCAUCGAGAAGUACGACCCUACCAUCGAGGACUUCUAUCGCAAGGAGAUCGAGGUAGAUUCCUCGCCCUCGGUCCUGGAGAUCCUGGACACGGCCGGCACCGAGCAGUUCGCCUCCAUGCGGGACUUGUACAUCAAGAACGGGCAGGGCUUCAUUCUGGUCUACAGCCUGGUGAACCAGCAAAGCUUUCAGGACAUCAAGCCCAUGAGGGAUCAGAUCAUUCGGGUCAAGAGGUACGAGAAGGUGCCCAUGAUCCUAGUGGGCAACAAGGUGGACCUGGAAGGCGAGCGGGAGGUCUCGUUCGGGGAAGGCAAAGCUCUGGCGGAGGAGUGGAACUGCCCCUUUAUGGAAACUUCAGCCAAAAACAAAGCCUCGGUGGACGAGCUCUUUGCCGAGAUCGUCCGGCAGAUGAACUAUGCUUCCCAACCGAACGGGGACGAUCAGUGCUGCUCUUCCUGUGUGAUCCUCUGAGAAAAAGGGAGGGUGGGGGAAGAGCACAGCAGCGUUGCUUUAUGUGGUGUUUUUUUUUUCCCCCUUUCUUUCUUUUCUUUACAUUUUGAAAUAAAAAGGUUUACAGCAACAGCACCACACGAAAAGGUGGCGGCAGCUGGAGCAGCAGUGUUGUCAUCCCAUGAAACUCCAAGCCUUUCAAACAAAUUUUGCAUUACGCCCGGAUCCCUUCCGGAUCCCUUCCAGGUUAUAGUUUAUACUCAUGCUGCUGCGGGUGGUUGUCGGUGUCAUGAGUAUGCAUUGUCUCUCCUUAACAUCUGAUCCCUCCCAAGGAGAAGAAAAAGAAAAACAUACAAAAAAAAUCUCUCUUUGGAAAUGUGACGCUUUCCGCAUGUACAUGCCAGCGGUUUGAUUGUUGCUUAUUUCUUGUACUUGCCUCGGUUCGGAGGAUUGUAUUGGCCAUUGAUAACCCGUAGGAAAAGUUCCUGUGUUCUUUGCAGCAGGGGAGUGAGUGAGCUAAGAAUUGCUUUAUAACUGGAAGAUUAAAUACCCAUAGACACACCUAUAAGAAAUGAAGGGAAGCAUCAAAGGAAGGAAGUACGCGUGGCGGAGAUUCAAAUCUUCCACUUGUCAGCCUGAAAUUAGCUAGUGGCUAGGUGGCUUUCUGAUUUUGAGGAUUUCUAUGCAAAGUUGGAAUAUUUGUUACCAUGCUUAUCUCAACCGAAGAAGUAUUGCACAAGUACUGCCUGGGACUUUAAUAACACUGAUGCCAAUACAGCGCAUGAGGUGCCACAAAAAUAUCUGCUGAUUACUUGUGAAAUCUAUUUUGUUUACUUGUUGUAUUGAAAGGGAAGGAAUGAAGAGCAUUUAUUUGUGUUUUUUUUUUUAAAAAAAAUCAGCUAUGAAAACACUAACAGACUUGCACAGUUUUUAAGUUGUGUGUAUUUUGUGGAAUGGCUGGGGAGAGACAGGGCAGGCAAAGUAAUAACUUGCCUUAUUCAAUUUGAGGGGGGUGGCGAUAACCAACUAAAUCUCUGAAGUACAAAGAGUUUCUAAAAUGUGGCACAGGGCGAACAGCGCCCCUGUGUGUGUAGAGUGCCUUCAAAGCAGCUGUUAUAGCCCGUGCCAACCUGUGGAAGUUCCAAGAAUCCCAUUUAUCUACCCCCCCCCAAAAAAACCCUAGUUAACAGUUUCAGUAAUUAUUAUAGUGAACAAGACAGAACAAAAGGGCCUAUUAUUAAUGGAGUUAUUUUUCCUCUUCUUUUUUUCCAUUUGAGACUUUUCACUUCAGUUGCCAUGGAUUUCAGGGUUCUUUUGAUUCAGGUUCACAGGUAUUAGUGUGUUUUUGUAUGAGAGAGUGUUUGUGUGUGCACCUUUUUUUUCUGUUAUCCUCCAGAAAGAUGUAUUUUCAACCAGCAAUGAAAAGAACUGUUGUAAUGUAUCUGAAAAACACAAUCUCUAAUUGUAAUUUUAAAUCCCAGACAGACAUUUAUUCAUUUCAAUAUCUUUUAAUACAAUUGCCAAUUUUUAAAAAGAACAGUUUGAUGGGUUUUUAUAUAUUGUGAAAAUCGGUGUAAUCAUAGUAGGUUAUGAGUUAUUGUGGACAAAUAAUUGUCUAAAGCAAUAACGAUUGAGGCAAAGGAUUUUUAUUAUGAAGGUCUGGUAUCUGAUAUUGGAACCUGAGUGCUAACUAGUUCUGGAUUCUGCUAAAUCAUGCCAUAUAUGCAGAUAUUCAUUCAUAUCUCAAAUGCUUUGCAGGAUUCAAUGCUUAAUUUAUUCAUAGAAUUAUAAAAUUAGAAGGAGCCAUUAAGGCCAACAACCUGUUCAAUCUUGGAACCCAAAUUAAGGCAGCCCAAAUAGAUUGCUAUUCCUCCUCCGCUUGAAGAAAUCUAAAGAAGGGGAGUCUCCUCUGGAAAUCAGUUUUUCUAUUGAACUAACUUUACAAUUAGGAAUUUUCCUUAACAUUCAAAUGGAAACUCUUUUCUUUUAAGACCGUUAUUCCAUGUUCUGCACUCUGGAAUGAUGGAGAAUGAGUCUUGACUUUUGUGUGAUGCCCUUUAGGUCUUGAAAAAUGCUAUUAUGCCCCCCCUCAUCUUUUGUCAAGGUUAAACUUAUCCAGUCGCCCUUGUAAAUUUCCAGGCACCUUAUCAUCUUGUAUUCUUCUCUGCACCUCUUCCAAUUUCUCAUAAUAUUUUCUUAAAA